UCUAGGAAUUACUUCCUCCAAACGGCUUCAAGCCGAACAUCCGAAGAGGAGUCAGUUAGCUUCCACGGCAGAAUCGAUCACGUUUCAUUUGAUAAAACGUGUCGGGUUGAAGAAACCGAGUGGUCGCCGUGCCUAAAAUAACGCUAGUUUACAUUUGUCUUGUUGGCGCGACCUGAAAACCGACACACUAACAUCGUCAGGAUGGCGGAGGCGCCAGGUACUUCUAGCGAGACAAUAACGGAGACCGUUCAAGUUAACACACCGCCACCGCCCCAGCAGGAGGGACGUAGCUUGACAAUUAAACUGAGGAAGAGGAAGACUGACAAGAAGGUGGAGUGGUCCAGUGAUACAGUUGACAAUGAGCAUCUGGGAAGGAGGUCUUCCAAAUGUUGCUGCGUCUACGAGAAGCCCAAACAGUUUGGAGAGUCUUCCUCCGAAAGUGAAGGGGAUGAGGGUGACGAGGGCUGUGGGAGCGCGCACUGCAUUCUGGGACACGGGAAAGACAGGCAUGGACACAGAGGAGGGGGCGGGGGUACUACGGUGCCACCGAGCUCUGGGGGUUCACACGCCCACUAGAGAUUAGGAGUAGCGGUAAGGGAGGAAUUGAGGGGGUAAUUCUGUUGAUGACACAUCAUACUACUACACAACACACUGUCAUUUAGGUCAGUCACUGUGUUACUUGGAGGGGAAAGAAGGCAAGAAAAAAUAAGUCUACACUUCUGCCUGUUCAAUUAGAAAAAUCUUGUGGGGUUUGGAGUUCAUUGUAUAUAAUACAAUAAUUGUUUUUAUAUAUAUAUAUGAACAUUUUUCCUUAUUUAUUUCUUUGUGUUAAUACUUAAUCUUUCAUAAUUAUGUUGCAAUAUCCUAGACUGGUUGCCAGACAGUGUUUCUGCUUGUGAAACAAAGAAUGGAUGAUGAAAUGUUUUAGAGAGCAAAAAUAGCCUGGUUCCCAGACUAACACCAGGGGUGCGUCCCAAAUUGAACCUUGCAUAGUGCACUUACCUUAUGGGCUUGAGUGUACAUUUUGUGCACUAAAUGAGUACUAGUGUGGCUUUGGGGAUGCAUCCUACCUCACUACUGCUUCAAAUUAACAGUGAAAAGAGUUUUAGGAUAGCUGCUGUGGAGCAGCUUAUUUUAACAUUAAAAGCCCAGUGAAAUGGAUAAUGUAUUUUGUUCUGUGUUUUGAUAGGUAUUUCCACACUGAGGUUGGAGUAAUACUGAUCACUUUUAGUUUCAGUCAUCCUGAAAGGUAAUAAACAAAUAAAGCCUGCUAGUAAAAGCUUGUCCCCAUCCCGCACACAAACACACUCAAGAGUACACACAACUUGCAAUAGUCUCUUUUGAGAAAUUAGGUGUUGCUGAUCUUAUUUCUUUGAUUUUUAUACAAACUUUUUGGCCAAUAACAUUUUUAUUUAUGACUCUCCUGAGGAAAGGUUUGAGAGAAAUGUGUUGUUUUUCAUGUGACUGCAUAUUGCUUUGGUUGAGGAGUUCAGUGAUUUUUCUUUGGUUGAUGCCGAAUUCUCUCCGUUCUUUAGACAAUCCUUAAGUGUUGAGUAAUUUAGUCUCAGCACCAUGAAAAAGACGCUGUUUGUAUGUUGCCAUUGAAAGGUUAUUUUGUAAUUGAUGUCAGCAAAUCAGAAAUUGCUUCGACCUCAUGCAUAUGCAACAUAUUGCCAUUUUGGUGUGGUCAUUUUAUUAAUUUACCCCCCUCUUAGUAUCAAUGCACCAGUAGAAUCCUGGUACCGUCUUCAGCUGCAUGCUGGGUGGUUGGCAUUUCAAUUAAGUUUGCCAUGUGGAUGAAAAUAAAUCAUUGCUUUUGCCUUAUCUGUGGUGAUGAGCAUAAUAUUUAGUUUUUAAUGACAAAUCACUUUCUUCAGAGCUGUGUACAUUCCAUACUGUACCAAACCUAAAUCAAGUUGGACUGAAAACGGUAGGCAGCAUUUCAGAUUGGGCACUUAAACUGAAUGUGUGGGAGGGAGAUUCAGGGUUUGAAUUUUUAGGGUGAAGGUGCAUGGUGAAAAGCUGACCUAAGCUGUGUUCAGGACUGUAUCAAUUUGCCACAUUUCACUGUCUAUGGCUUUGUCCCCUGUGGUUCUAAACAUACCACUUCAAAUGUGUUUGGAAUGACAACCACAACAUACUAUAUGCAUAAAGGGAUUACACAAAACGCCACCACAUCUUCUAUUCUGGAUCCACAUUCCUGUUGGCAAUGCACCUUUCUGUACAUAAAAUAAAUCACAUGAGAGUGAAUUUAAUGUGAAUAAAAAAAAUAAAAAAGGUGUGACAUGUGAUUAAA